UUAGUUUAAAUCUAACCUCGUAAGCGAUACUAACUUUAAUAAGUAUAAGUAAUUAUUGGUAAUAAUAAUAUAUAUUAUAUAGUGAUCAAAAAUAUUAAAACAAAAUGGAUAAGUAUGAUACUUAUGAUGAAUUCAAAGAAAAGUGUAAAGUCGCGAAUCUGGAAAACGAAUGUGAGGCUGUUAAAUUAUUUUUACGCAAAAAUGACGUGAGGGUGAAUCCUCACAACUCAAAAAUAAUCGAAUUUUUCAAAGACAAAAAUAUUUUUAUCACCGGAGCCACUGGAUUCCUAGGAAAAUUGUUACUAGAAAAACUACUAAGGGCCUGCCCGAACCUAAAUAGUAUUUAUGUGUUAGUACGGCCGAAAAAAGGAAAAACAAUGGAAGAACGCGUCGAUGACAUCUUUAAAGACCCUGUGUAUUUUCCCCUACAAGAUAUUUUUCCAAAGUAUAGGGAGAAAGUGCAUGGAAUACAGGGGGAUAUUAGUUUUCCAGAACUUGGGAUGAGUGAAAGGGAUAGAAAAUUUUUAAGUAAUAAAAUAAACGUGAUUUUCCAUGUAGCAGCCACUACAAAAUUCGACGAGUUCAUAGGUCAAGCAGUUGCUAUAAAUGUUAAGGGAACCAAAGAGGUAGUAAAACUAGGGAAACUAUGCGUAAACCUAAAUUCCCUGGUAUACGUAAGCACAGCUUUUUCGCAAUGCACGCAGAAACACAUGGAAGAAAAAUUCUACGAUCCGCCAAUAAAUUCUGACCAAUUGAUAGGACUGACUGAAAAACAUUCGAAACCAGAACUAGAGAAAAUGUUGACAUUUUUGUUGGGACAGUGGCCUAACACUUACUGUUAUACCAAAGCUGUAGCUGAAGAUGUGGUGAAAAAUACCGCGAAAGAUAUAAGGGCGUGCGUUUAUAGGCCUUCUAUAGUUGUUUCGACAUACCAAGAACCGCACAUAGGUUGGAUUGACAACAUGUUUGGACCUAUAGGAGCCUUGGCGGGCACUGGGUGCGGUUUAUUAAGAGUAUACUGCGCCGACGAAAAAGUGGGUGCCGAAAUGGUACCCGCAGACUACGUAACUAACGGUAUGAUCACUGCAGCUUACAAAACAGCCCAGCAAAAAGUCGAAAGUGAGCCUAAGGUGUAUAACUUUGUAUCUGGAAGACAAAAUAAGGUUACGUGGGGAGAGUUUAUGGAUUGGAAUAAAAAAGACUGCGGGGAUGUGUUUCCUAUGAGAGCUAUAUGGUAUUUUUCCCUUAUGCUGACUAAGCAUGUGUUUAUGUUCAAAUUUUUGUCGUUCUUUUUGCACACAUUACCAGCAGUGUUAAUGGAUAUAGUGUUAAAAAUCUAUGGAAGUAAAAUUAGUAUGAUGAAAAGUUACGAAAAAAUUGAAAAAUUUAUGUUGGCAACCAAAUUUGUAUCGUGUAGAGAUUGGUCGCACACUGAUGAUAACACAAGAGAGUUGUGGGAAUCUUUGAAUGACAGUGAUAAGAGAGCCUUCCCAUUUGAUAUAAAAAAUUUAAACUGGAAAAACUAUACAUUAACUAUAGCAGCCGGAGCUAGAACCUUCUUGCUUAAGGAGAGUUGGGGUAAUCUAGCUCAAGCUAGAAAAAGGCGUAAUAUGUUUUAUGUGCUUCACCAGCUUGUCAAGCUGACCUUUGGACUUCUAUUCUUUAGGAUAGUAUACAUGAUCUUUACCAUGUUUUACUAGUUAAAUAUUUGUUUUCUUAUUUUUUUUUGUAUGUACAUAAAGGUAUAAGAGG